GAAGACUUCCGGUGGUGUGUCAUGGCGGUGGCAUGGUGAAUCCUACAGAAAGGGAAAAAUACUCGCCCCUUUCGUCCUUUCCCAUCGAUUCAGGGCAGAUUUCCAUGCACAAAUAAGCCUGUCAGCUCCGGUCACACAGCUUGGAUUUACCAGCACAGCGUUGCGGUGUCCCUCCGCCCGGCCAUGGCGGCUCACAAACCAGUGGAAUGGGUCCAGGCCGUGAUUACUAGAUUUGAUGAGCAGCUUCCCAUCAAAGUUGGACACCAGAACACUCACACCAAAGUCAGCACAGAACACAACAAGGAAUGUCUGAUCAACAUCUCCAAGUAUAAGUUUUCGCUUGUCAUCAGUGGCCUCACCACCAUCCUCAAAAAUGUCAAUAACAUGCGGAUAUUUGGAGAAGCUUCAGAGAAGAACCUCUACCUCUCCCAGCUCAUCAUCCUGGACACGCUGGAGAAGUGCUUGGCUGGGGUUACAUGGUGGCACAGGUGGGCAGAAAGCAGUUGGAAAGAUCAGCAGACACUCUUGACAAUGCAUCAGCAAUCCAAGGACUGCUUGCGCCUUGAUGAAACCAUGCUGGUCAAACAGCUGCUGCCAGAGAUCUGCCAUUUUAUCCAUACGUACCGUGAGGGCCACCAACACGCUGCUGAGCUCCGGUCCUCAGCCUCAGCUGUCCUCUUCUCUUUGAGCUGCAACAACUUCAACGCGGUCUUCAGCCGCAUAUCCACCAGGCUACAGGAGCUGACUGUGUGCUCAGAUGACAAUGUGGAUGUUCAUGACAUAGAGCUGAUGCAGUACAUCAAUGUGGACUGCUCCAAGCUGAAGAGACUGCUGCAAGAAACUGUCCUGAAGUUUAGAGCUCUCAAGAAGCCUGCCCAGCUUGCAGUCAUCAACAGUUUAGAAAAGGCAUUUUGGAACUGGGUGGAGAACUACCCAGAUGAGUUCACCAUGCUGUACCAGCGACCGCAGGCAGAUAUGGCAGAAGCUGCAGAGAAGUUGUUUGACCUGGUGGACAGCUUUGCAGAGAGUGCUAAAAGGAAGGCAGCUGUGUGGCCACUGCAGAUCAUCCUCCUCAUCCUCUGUCCAGAGAUCACCCACACCAUCUCUAAAGACACGGUGGAGGACAGCAAGGCAAACAAGAAACUGUUUUUGGACAGUUUGCGGAAAGCCUUAGCUGGCCAAGGAGGCAGCAAGCAGUUGAUGGAGAGUGCUGCCAUCGCCUGUGUCAAACUGUGUAAAGCUUCUACCUACAUCAACUGGGAGGAUCACUCAACCAUUUUCCUUCUAGUUCAGUCCAUCGUCAUGGAUCUCAAGGCACUGCUGUUCAACCCAGCCAAACCCUUCUGGAGGGGGACAGGCAGCCAGAAUGCUGACGUGGAGCUCAUGAUGGACUGCUUUGUCUCCUGUUUCCGCAUCAAUCCUCAUAACAACCAGCACUUUAAGGUCUGUUUGGCUUCCUCCUCCCCCUCCACUUUUCACUUUGUCUUGGUCAACUCAUUGCACAGAAUAAUCACCAAUUCCCAUCUGGACUGGUGGCCUAAGAUCGAUGCAGUGUACUGCUACUCUGGAGAGCUACGCUUUAUGUUCUCAGACACCCUCAACCGGGUGAUCCAAGGAGUUGGCACCCACGCUCCACUACGUAUGACACCGAGUUUAACAUUCAAAGGGAAGAUGACCACCAGCCUUAAAUUCAAAGAGAAAGCCACAGAACUUGACACUCGAAGUUAUAAGUGCCUCCUUCUUGCUCUGGUCAAACUCAUCCACGCUGACCCCAAACUCAUGUUGCAUAACCCAGUGAAGCAAGCUCCAGAGAUGCAGAGCAGCACAGCAGAGCUCAUCACUGGCCUGGUGCAGCUUGUGCCUCUAACCAACACCACCCAGCUGUCACAAGAAGCCAUGGAGGCUCUGUUAGUUCUGCACCAGCCAGAGACCAUAGAGCUGUGGAAUCCUGACGCUCCCAUAGAGACGUUCUGGGACAUCAGUUCACAGGUGCUCUUUCUUAUCUGCCGCAAACUGAUUGGCCAGCAAAUGGUUAAUGGGACAGAAGUCCUGAAGUGGCUGAGGGAGAUCCUCAUCUGCAGGAAUAAGUUUCUGCUCAAAAACAAGGAGUGUGCCACUAUGGGUGGUGGCAUUCCCAUCUGUCGGCAAGCGCAGACGAAGCUGGAGGUAUGUCUCUACAUGUUCCUGUGGAGUCCAGACACAGAGGCAGUGCUGGUGGCCAUGUCGUGUUUCCGUCACCUCUGUGAGGAGGCUGACAUCCGCAGUGCCACUGAUGAGGUGCCUGUCCAGAGCAUUCUUCCCAACUACGCCACCUUCAGUGAACUGGCCUCUGUCAGCAACAUGAUGGGAACAGGCCGGUCCACUUUGCAGAAGAGAGUUAUGGCUUUGCUAAGGAGGGUAGAGCACCCCACACCAGGGAACAUUGAGGCUUGGGAGGACACAUAUUCUAAAUGGGACCAGGCUACCAAGCAGAUUCUCAGCUUCCCCAAAAACAAGGCAGAUGAUGGGCAGCAGGAGUGGAUCAACAUGACGGGCUUCCUGUGUGCUCUGGGUGGUGUAUGUCUACAGCAGCGCAGCACUCCUGGCCCAGCCACCUACAGCCCACCUAUGGGCCCUAUGAGUGAGCGCAAACACUCCAUGAUCUCUAUGGGCCCCUGCGAUGUGUCCAACCCAGUGACCUCGGCUUCCUCCUGCUCUUCAUCAGCCUCAAGUGAGACACCUGUCAGCCGCUUCCUGGACCGGCUGCUGGCCCUGCUGGUCUGUGGCCACGACAGGGUCGGCCUCCAUGUUCGCACUAACGUCAAAGACUUGCUGGGGCUGGAGCUCAGCCCCGCCCUCUACCCCAUGCUCUUCAACAAGCUGAGGAACAGCAUUGGGAAGUUCUUUGACACACAGGGACCAGUCCCUAUCAACGACACUAACACCCAGUUUGUGGAGCAGACCAUAGCCAUCAUGAAGAACCUGUUAGAUAACCACACUGAGGGCAGCUCUGAACACCUGGGACAGGCCAGCAUCGAGACCAUGAUGCUUAACUUGGUCAGGUACGUGCGCAUCCUUGGCAACGUUGUUCAUGCGAUCCAGAUCAAAACCAAGCUAUGCCAGCUGGUGGAGGUGAUGAUGGAGAGACGUGAUGACCUGUCUUUCUGCCAGGAGAUGAAGUUCAGGAACAAGAUGGUGGAGUAUCUGACUGACUGGGUGAUGGGAACCUCAAACCAAGCUGCUGAUGAUGACAUCAAGUGUCUGACUAGGGACCUGGACCAGGCCAGUAUGGAGGCAGUAGUGUCUCUUUUAGCUGGUCUUCCUCUGCAGCCAGAGGAGGGAGAUGGAGUAGAACUGAUGGAGGCUAAAUCUCAGCUCUUCCUAAAGUACUUCACCUUGUUCAUGAACCUACUGAAUGACUGCAGUGAGGUUGAGGAUGAGGGCCAAGCAGUGGGGGGACGAAAGAGAGGAAUGUCCCGCCGCCUGGCCUCCCUUCGCCACUGCACCGUACUGGCCAUGUCCAACCUGCUCAAUGCUAAUGUAGACAGUGGUCUCAUGCACUCUAUCGGUCUGGGUUACCACAAGGACCUGCAGACUCGAGCCACCUUCAUGGAAGUGCUGACCAAGAUCCUGCAGCAGGGAACAGAGUUCGACACGCUGGCAGAGACAGUUCUGGCUGAUCGCUUUGAGAGGCUUGUAGAGCUAGUCACCAUGAUGGGAGACCAGGGAGAGCUGCCCAUCGCCAUGGCACUGGCUAAUGUCGUUCCUGGGUCCCAGUGGGAUGAGCUAGCCCGAGUCCUGGUGACACUGUUUGACUCCCGCCACCUACUUUACCAGCUGCUGUGGAACAUGUUCUCUAAAGAGGUGGAGCUGGCUGACUCCAUGCAGACUCUCUUCAGAGGAAACAGCCUUGCCAGCAAAAUAAUGACCUUCUGUUUCAAGGUAUAUGGUGCUGCAUACUUGCAAAAGCUACUGGAGCCUUUAUUAAGAGGGGUCAUCACUACCCCUGAACACAUCAGCUUUGAGGUGGAUCCCACCAGGCUGGAACAAGGUGAGAACCUGGAGGAGAACCAGAGGAACUUGCUGCAGAUCACCGAGCGGUUCUUCCAGGCCAUCAUUGGUUCCUCCAGCGAGUUCCCCCCCCAGCUUCGCAGUGUCUGCCACUGUCUUUACCAGGCUACUUGCCACUCUCUACUGAAUAAAGCAACAGUAAAAGAAAAAAAGGAAAACAAAAAAGCAGUUGUGAGUCAGCGGUUCCCACAGAACAGCAUUGGUGCAGUGGGCAGUGCCAUGUUUCUACGCUUCGUCAACCCAGCUAUUGUGUCUCCCUAUGAGGCUGGCAUCCUGGACAAAAAGCCCCUGCCCAGGAUAGAACGGGGUCUCAAACUCAUGUCCAAGAUUCUGCAGAGCAUCGCAAACCAUGUCCUGUUUACAAAAGAAGAGCACAUGAGGCCUUUUAAUGACUUUGUGAAGAGCAACUUUGAUUCAGCUAGAAGGUUUUUCUUAGACAUUGCAUCUGACUCUCCGCCCAGCGACUCAGUCAACCACAGUCUGUCCUUUAUCAGUGACGGCAAUGUGCUGGCCCUUCACCGCCUGCUGUGGAAUAACCAGGAGAGGAUUGGCCAGUACCUCUCCAGUAACAGGGACCACAAGGCCGUUGGCAGGCGACCUUUUGACAAGAUGGCGACUCUGCUGGCCUAUCUGGGACCUCCUGAACACAAACCUGUAGCUGACACUCACUGGUCUAGUCUCAACCUGACCAGCUCCAAGUUUGAGGAAUUCAUGACCAGGCACCAGGUCCAUGAGAAGGAGGAGUUCAAAGCUUUAAAGACCCUCAACAUCUUCUACCAGGCAGGAACCUCCAAGACUGGGAACCCAGUGUUCUACUACGUGGCCCGCAGGUUCAAAACAGGCCAGAUUAAUGGUGACUUGCUCAUCUACCAUGUCCUCCUCACCCUCAAACCCUACUACGCUAAGCCCUACGAGAUAGUGGUAGACUUAACACAUGUAGGACCUAGCAAUCGCUUCAAGACCGACUUCCUGUCCAAGUGGUUCGUCGUCUUUCCUGGCUUUGCCUAUGAGAACGUAGCAGCUGUUUUUGUCUACAACUGCAACACCUGGGUAAGGGAGUAUACCAAGUACCAUGAGCGGCUCCUGACAGGAUUGAAGGGCAGCAAACGGCUUCAGUUCAUUGACUCUCCUGCUAAACUAGCCGAGCACAUCGAACCGGACCAACAGAAGCUGCCUGCAGCCACACUGACCCUGGAGGAAGACCUUAAAGUGUUCCACAAUGCCCUCAAGCUUGCCCACAAAGACACCAAGGUUUCAAUAAAGGUGGGCUCAACAGCAGUUCAGGUGACUUCAGCUGAGCGGACACGUGUCCUUGGCCAGCCCGUCUUCCUCAACGAUGUCUACUAUGCCUCAGAGAUUGAAGAGAUCUGCCUUGUCGAUGAAAGCCAGUUCACACUCACAAUGGCAAACCAGGGCACUCCGCUGACAUUCAUGCACCAGGAGUGUGACGCCAUCGUUCAGUCCAUCAUCCACAUCCGGACACGCUGGGAACUGUCACAGCCUGAUUCCAUUCCACAGCAUACCAAGAUCCGCCCGAAAGAUGUCCCUGGCACUCUGCUCAACAUUGCUCUGCUGAACCUGGGCAGUUCUGAUCCAAGCCUCAGGUCUGCAGCUUACAAUCUAUUGUGUGCUUUGACCUGCACCUUCAACCUUAAGAUAGAGGGCCAGCUGCUAGAGACGUCAGGCCUCUGCAUCCCAGCCAACAACACCCUUUUCAUAGUCUCCAUCAGCAAGACUUUGGCUGCCAAUGAGCCCCAUCUGACGCUGGAGUUUCUGGAGGAGUGCAUUUCAGGCUUCAGCAAGUCCAGUAUUGAGCUGAAACAUCUCUGCCUGGAGUAUAUGACACCAUGGCUGCUCAACCUGGUCCGCUUCUGUAAGCACAAUGAUGACGCAAAGCGCCAGCGUGUUACUGCAAUUUUGGACAAACUCAUCACUAUGACUAUCAAUGAAAAGCAGAUGUAUCCCUCCAUCCAGGCCAAGAUCUGGGGUAGCCUGGGCCAGAUAACAGACCUGUUGGAUGUAGUGUUGGACAGCUUUAUUAAGACAAGUGCCACAGGAGGCCUGGGCUCCAUCAAAGCAGAGGUCAUGGCUGAUACAGCAGUGGCUCUGGCUUCAGGGAAUGUGAAACUGGUGUCCAGCAAGGUUAUUGGUCGGAUGUGUAAGAUCAUAGACAAGACGUGCUUGUCGCCAACACCAACACUGGAGCAGCACUUGAUGUGGGAUGACAUUGCCAUAUUGGCACGCUACAUGCUCAUGCUGUCAUUCAACAACUCCCUGGAUGUGGCAGCCCACCUGCCCUAUCUGUUCCAUGUGGUAACCCUGCUGGUAGCCACUGGGCCACUGUCCCUCAGGGCAUCCACCCACGGUUUGGUUAUCAACAUCAUCCACUCCCUCUGCACCUGCUCGCAGCUCAACUUUAGUGAGGAGACAAAGCAGGUUCUGAGGCUGAGCCUUACUGAGUUCUCCCUGCCCAAGUUCUACCUGCUGUUUGGUAUCAGCAAAGUCAAGUCAGCCGCUGUCAUCGCCUUCCGCUCCAGCUACAGAGACCGCUCCUUCUCACCAGGCUCCUAUGAGAGGGAGACAUUUGCCCUGUCCUCCCUGGAGACUGUUACUGAGGCAUUACUGGAGAUCAUGGAGGCUUGUAUGAGGGACAUCCCCGCCUGCAAGUGGUUAGACCAGUGGACAGAGCUCGCACAGAAGUUUGCAUUCCAGUACAACCCAUCUCUCCAGCCAAGAGCACUGGUGGUUUUUGGCUGCAUCAGCAAGAGGGUGAGCCAUGGCCAGAUAAAGCAGAUCAUCCGAAUCCUCAGCAAGGCCAGCCCUCUCCUCAGCAUAGAUCGGGGUCUGGAGAGCUGUCUGAAGGGGCCGGACAACUACAACAGCCAAGUGUUAAUAGAGGCCACAGUCAUUGCUCUGACCAAGCUGCAGCCACUACUCAGCAAGGAGUCUCCCAUGCACAAAGCUCUGUUCUGGGUGGCAGUUGCUGUGCUACAGCUGGAUGAAGUCAACCUUUACUCUGCUGGAACGGCACUGCUGGAGCAGAACCUCCAUACACUGGACACAAUGCGCGUCUUUAAUGACAAGAGUCCAGAAGAAGUGUUUAUGGAGAUCAGGCGUCCGUUAGAAUGGCACUGCAAGCAGAUGGAUCAUUUUGUGGGAUUGAACUUCAGUGCCAACUUCAACUUUGCACUGGUGGGCCACCUACUCAAAGGCUAUAGACACCCAUCACCCACAACAGUAGCGAGGACAGUGAGAAUCCUGCACACACUGUUGGCGCUCAUCAGCAAGCAUCUGAAAUGUGACAAGUUUGAGGUCAACACCCAUAGUGUGGCCUAUCUGGCUGCACUGCUCACUGUAUCUGAGGAGGUCCGAAGUCGCUGCAGCUUAAAACACAGGAAGUCACUACUGAUUUCUGACCUCUCCAUGGACCCAGUGCCCAUGGACACCUAUUCCAGUCACAUCACUGAUCCCAGCUGCAGAACUCUGCGAGAGACUCAGCCGUGGACGUCACCUCAGGUUUCAGAGCGCUACCUUUCAGCCCAUCAGUACCCCACGGUGGGCCAGAUCAGCCCACGAACUCGCAAGUCCAUGAGCCUGGACAUGGGUCAGCCCUCACAGGCCAACACCAAAAAGCUCUUGGGCACUAGGAAGAGCUUUGAUCAUCUCAUAUCGGACUCUAAAGCACCAAAGAGACCAGAGAUGGAGUCGGGUAUUACCACACCUCCCAAGAUGAGGCGUGUAGCAGAGAAUGACUAUGAAAUAGAGACACAAAGAAUUGGAAACUCUCACCUUCGCAAGGUGUCUGUAUCAGAGUCCAAUGUUCUGUUGGACGAGGAGGUGCUGACUGACCCAAAGAUCCAGGCUCUGCUGCUCACUGUGCUGGCUACUCAGGUCAAAUAUACCACUGAUGACUUUGACCAACGAAUUCUGUACGAGUACUUGGCUGAAGCUAGCGUUGUCUUCCCAAAGGUUUUCCCUGUUGUCCACAACCUGUUGGACUCCAAGAUCAACACUGUGCUGUCCAUGUGCCAGGACACCAACCUCCUGAAUCCUGUCCACGGUAUCGUCCAGAGUGUGGUGUACCAUGAGGAAUCACCCCCCCAGUACCAGCCAUCCUAUUUACAAAGCUUUGGCUUUAAUGGACUUUGGAGGUUUGCUGGACCCUUCUCUAAGCAAACACAGAUACCUGACUAUGCCGAGCUGAUUGUCAAGUUCCUGGAAGCGUUAAUUGACAGCUACCUGCCAGCGGCUGAUGAGGAACGAGGGGAGGAGCAGCUGAGGACACCUACUUCCCCCUACCCCCCCACCAGCCAGAGCCAGCUCAGCAUAACUGCCAACCUCAACCUGUCCAACUCCAUGACCUCACUGGCCACCUCGCAGCAUUCACCAGGUGUGGAUAAGGAGAACGUCCAGCUGUCCCCCAGCUCUGCCCUGUCCAGUGGCGGUCGUACUCGCCAUGGAUCAGCCAGUCAGGUCCAGAAGCAGCGCAGUGCCGGCAGUUUCAAGAGACCCAGCAUUAAGAAGAUCGUCUGAUCAGCCAGAGAACACCCACUGCACCUUCCACCUCCUCCUCCUCCUGCUUCUUCUACUUCUACCACUCCUCCACCAGCCUGCCAGGCCUCAUGCUGCACUCUACUUAUUGCUCCUUUUAUUUCUUCCUUCUUCAUUGUUGUUGCUCUCGCAGCAGAACAAGUGAUUUUGUGUUGAGGAAGAUUUCUAGCAAGGGCAAACUUGAAUUUUGUGCUGCUUGAGAUUUUUUUUCAAAUCUUACAUUUGAAAAACCUGUGGUGGAGGAGAAUCUACUUUUUUCUUUCUGUUCUCCUCCAGUUUGAGACUUCAGCAGUGACAAAGAUCAUGUGUUGGAAAAGAAUCCCUCUGAAGUUUAAGGAACUACAGUCUGGACAUCAAGGUUCUAAGUGGACAUGGAUUGUGACACUUCUCAGACAGUUUACACAGAAAGGAUCCUGAGACUCUGUCUUCAUGUGCUGAAAUUGAAUCCAUCACAUGUCUCUUGGCCUUCCUAAACACUCCAGCGUCAGCCAGAUGGACCAAAUGACAGCAGCCGUUGGGAGUGAAUCUGUGAGGCAGGACCUUCAUUCUGGACCUGCUCAGACAUCUCAGCUCCCCUCUCCUAGUCCUGUACAUAUUUUACAUAGACAGAUUAUGUAUAACUAGUCCUUCGUGCUAAUUUAGAUGUUGACGUUUUCUCCAUGGUGUGCCUUUGUCAGGGUUUUUCAAUGUGUACAAUUUGUAAAGUUAAAGUCAAACCUUGCUGUGGACAAAGAACAGGUACUAAUUAUGGAGGCAAGCCGUCCAUAUCACCACGAGUUCACCUGAGCUGCCUCAAGACCGGCCUCCAAUGAUCGUCAAAUAUACAAUCAUACCAUAUACCCUGUUGCCUGAAAGUAUUUAUCCUGUACAGCUAGAUAGUGCAACACAAAUCUUUUUCUUUUAAAACACUUUCCAAACAUCUUCUUUUCAAAGAAACGUUCAUUGUAUUAACAGGAAGAUUGCAAAACACUAGGAGAAACACAACCAUGUAAAUAGCUCCAAGCAUUUUUUGUGUGUUCUGCUUUUAUUUAGAUGUUUUUUGUUAGUAAUAUGUGUAUUUUCAGAAGCCUAGCAUUUUAAUUUGUGUACAAAGUGACAAGGAAAAUUUUGACAUAGGCAAUAAUCCUCAACUCCUCUGUCAACCACCAGUUUUGUUUGUACAGCAAACAGAGAGAACACAUCUCUAUGUCAGCUCGGUGCAAUAUGAUGCCAACUCCUGAGUUGCCUGUUAACAAAGAGAUUAUUGAUUACCUCCAACAACCCUUUGAAUAGAACAGAGGCAGUGGACAGUGUGAUGUCUGAUCCCAUUACUCUCUCUCUCACACUCACACACCUCAGUUUGUUUCAUGUUAACAGUCUGAGCUGGACCUGCAACCAUCAGAGCCUUGUCCUUUGGGCUCUUUAAAGGGAAAAUCCACCUUAAAAUAAGCUUUGACAGUGUUGGGGCUUUCCGUCAUUUCACUUUAGUGGGGAAAAAAGUUCACAUAGAGAUGAAAUCACAUUUUCUUACAUAAGGAUAUUGUUACUGAGAACCAAGAACCAGAGAACAAAAUGUGUCACAGCAUCCAGACUGUGAGAUAUGGUUAAAAAAAGGAAAAAAGGCAGCAAGUGACCCCCUUUCAAACCACUAUUUCUAAUGUCAAAAAUAAACUGUCACACUUUAAAAUAAGCCAAUCUUUUCAAAAACAUUGGUGUUUGAUGUCAUCUGAGCACCAUCCGUCUUGAAUAAACUGAGCGCAGAAAAUGUAUGAUCACAGAUGCUAACAAGACUCAGAACCUAGUACCAACUGUCAGUACUUGACAGUUGACUGCUUGUAACUACAGACACCUUUCAGUCGGUGGUCAGAAGACUUGAAGUCAAUAUUCUACGUUAUUGUUCAGUGUAUUCUCUUAUUUCCUAGUUCACAAAUGCAACAUAAACAGUAAAUAUCUGGAUUUGAUCUCAGUCUCUCAGACUCCAACACUGAUCAUACAGGAUGCAGGUCAUCACAUCACUGAUCCAGAUGGACACAGAUUGAAGAGAUUUCUCAGUAGAAGAGUGGAAAAUGGUGGAUUUUUCCUUUGAGAGCAGCUCCAAACAGCUACUCUUGCACCACAAAAGACCAUCUACUUUCAUAGACAUCUUCCAGGCACAUUACAAUACUCUUUGAGGUUUUGGUUUGAGCUACUUUACUGUAAAUCACUUGACCAUACAUUUUUGCUAAUUGUUUUCUAAAGCAUGCUGUAGUAGAUAGUUGAGUUUGUUUCUAAGCUUACAGGCAGCUAUAGUUUUCCAUUCAUUCUAAAUAAUUUCCCCAGAUCAGUGUUCAGAGUUUAAACUUGUGUAACGUAACUAAUGGCAUCACAGCGAACAUUGUGUAAUGACUGCUUGUGAUAAAAGAGUGCUCACUGAGAAAACAAUCAGCACAAGAACUCAACAGAUACGUCUGCUUAACGAACACCAUAAACCAAUCUUAGCUCAACACAGAUAUAUUGUUAUCUGUAUUUAUGACAGUUAGCAUAAGAAUAAGAAGAAAUGCCACCACAGAAAAGUUUAAGAUCAAUGUUGUGUUUGUUCUUCACCAGAGAGUACUGAGCAGUUUAUAUUUUGUAAAUUCUUUCUCUAACUUCAAAUGUUUUACUGUUCAAAUUUUGCUAUCAAUAUUCCUUUCACAACUUCAGUGUAUGUGUUCAGGUUUAAUCUGCAUCACUGCGUCACAAUAAUGUCCCUUUGACAAUAAAAGCAGUUGCACAAGCUGAUAUUAUUUUGUGGUUCAAGAAACAUCAUUGCUGCUGACAAAUCCUUUUUUGCAAUGUCUUAGCUUGGCAACUAGGAGAACAAAACUAAAAACCAGGCAACCUCUUCAUGUGGAGGGAAGUUCUUUUUAAAUAUGUUGUUGAUGAAAGGAUCUAUUUUAAACCAAACUAUCUACUCCUAAAUCUAACCAAGUAUGUAUGUCACAUUAAAAAAACAAACAGCAACAGAGAACAAAAAAGAAAAUUACAAGGAAACUUAUUGUAAAAAAAGUAACUGAACAAUAUAUCACGUUCCAUAGAUGAUUCUAACCCCAGUUUCAUGAGUGAAAGUCCUAUAUGUGACCCACUCUGCCACAAUGACUUGCUUGCAUGUGGAUUUUGUGCUCUUUCCUUGGUCCUUGAGCAACAUUAAUAAUGAUGUUCUUAGAAAAACACCGACACAGCGAUUACACCAGAAGCAGUCACUAUGGUCUUUGUGAGAGAUUGCAACUGCCUGCAAGUUUAUUCAGAUGUUGUAAUUAAAUUAAUAGGAACCAGUGGCUGCCUAAAGGGUAGAACACACUGACAGAUCUAAUACACUGUGGUUUACUGUGGAAAUUGUCAAAUGGUUUGUAGUAAAUAGCUUUAGACCUUCGGACGCUGUGAUCUGGGCCUGUAAAUCAGUUCUGACAGCAGCUGUGUACAAAUGUUGCUAUAGACUGGACACUCAAUCACGUGUAGAAUGGGACUUGCAGAUGAGUGCUCCACCCACAGGCUCUGCCCACAGCUCUGCAGGGUUGGGUUGUCAAAAUGCUUCUAUCCUGCCUAAUCACCUAUGCAUGAUAAGAGUUGAGCAUUGCUGUACAACUCUGAAUUUCUUUUUGUCUGAGCACUGUUUCCUCACAUCUGCUGCUCAGAGUCUGACACCGUGUUCAUGAUACCUUAUGGAUACAUUUAUGAAUCAGCUCACUACUGUUUGUUUUCUUGGGUUGUAGUUGUCAAAGGAGAUGAGUUAUUUUCUUCUGUACAUGCAGCUCAUUCAGUAAAAACAUGAUAACUAGAUGAAUUCCACGGAAAGGGAUACAUGGAUAUUAGAGACAGUCGUAGAUAAAGUAUUUUGUAAUUCAGCCUCAAAGAACGACAUAAAGGGAAGGAUGAGUAUACAUGGGUGUGAUUCCAAUCUGAAUAUUGUUUAGCAGGUGAACUGUUCCAUCAGAAACCUCCAUCACUUUUAUCAAUCAAUUUGCUCUUAUGAAGGUAAACGGGACACAACCAGGAUAUCUAUCAGAUGUCUGUUUUAGAAAGUUCUAAAAAAUAUUUCCAAUCAGAUGUACUAAUAUGGUAAAGAUUGUUGUAAUGAAAACUAUAAUGUAAUGAAACUCUUUCCAAUGUAAAUAGGCAAAACCAUAGUUCAGUGUCAAGUAUGACUAUAUGACACUAGUCACAUUUUGUAAAUACACAAGAUGUUUGGAGCUGUGAUGGUCGACUAGUGGGUGGGUAUGAAGGUUCAGGUUAGAGGGACUUGAGGAUCACGGCCACUUAAGCUGUAAAAGUACAUGUUUAUUCAGAUUUCAGUUUCAGAUUCCACAGAUUCACAUAACUCAAUCCAUCAUCUCGUCUCACCACUUUUCACCAUCUAACUGCUCUUAAAGCUACACCUGCUGAUUUUCCUCUUAAAGGUGUCCACAAAACAGAAUCAGCAAGUGUACCUUUAACUAAAACAACCAGGAAAAAUAUGAAGGCAAGAUUUAUUUGAGCACCGUGUUAGCAGAUUGCCAUUGUUUCCAGGUUUUAGUUUGACUUGUGUGUGAAUGGAAAUUUUAAGGAUUAUGUAUCCAUAACCUCUUAAACAAGUGGUUGACUUGCACUAAUUUAAAAACAGUCAUGGGUUUGUAAAGAUGAAAAACCUCAAAAUGUGGCAUGUUUUAUUUGAUGUUAUGCAAAAUCUAAUGUCUGUAGGGUAAUAGUCUGAGUUUUGUUUUUAAUGCAGUAUGUGUGACAAUUGUAAAUACUUUGUGUAAAAUUUGAGAUGGUAUAUUUACUACACUGUACAUACAUGUGAUAUUGUAUCAUUUUGUUUUUGUAAAGCAGUUAGUUUCUGUAUAAUAUACAAAUUGAACUAUUCCAGUGUUAGUAAUAAAAUGUUUUGCUCUCCACAAUG